AUGUGCCAAUUAGCAUCAGUGCCUGGUUCCGAGGAACCGAGCUUGACGAUGCUCGCAUAUAGGGCAUGCUUUCCGCAGAUCGAGGAGACGUCUUCUAUCAUCCAGAAGCAACUGGACGAACGCAGAAGGUUGUCGAGGGAUGGAGCUUUGGAGCUAGUCAAUGGAGAACCGCCGAUCGAGAUUGACGAGCCGCCGGAUAUACCUCCUAGUCCGGUCGAUGUAGAGAUCUCCUUGUGCGCUCUCAAAGGCAUUUCCAAGCCGACGAUCAUCCUCUUCGACACCACCAUCCGUUAA